AUGAGAGAUAAUGGUUGGGAUAAUUUGUUGAGUAUGGUGAUUGAGUUUUAUGUUGGUAGAUAUAUUUUAGUGCCGAAUCUGGAAGAUAUUGUAGUAUUGAGAGGUCGACCUAAGCGUAUAGAUCAGCAGUUGAUUUGUUAUCGUCGCUUUUAUGUUGACUUGUACUGUUACAUGAUAGACUCAAUCUUGCAAGAGUUUAAAGAUCUUUUUCUGAAGACAACUACUGAGCUUCUUAUUUGCAUUUUGUAUUUAAGUCCAAGAGAUUCAUUUGCAGCUUUUGAAAAAGUUAAAUUGCUACAUAUUGCUCAGUUCUAUCAUUUGGAUUUCAAGAGUGAAGAGCUUUUAUUACUUAGACCUCAACUUAACAAGUUUCUUAUGUUUGUGAGAAUGGACGAUGUUUUCUUUACUCUCAAUAGUGUAUCUCAUGCUGAUCGACUUGGUUUUGAUAUUAUUUGUGAUUUGAAGCUGAUCGAUAAACCUUAUCGUAAGGGAAUUGGUUUAAAGAUGUAG